AUGGGUAAUGUGUACAAAGACCAGGGCAAGUACGAGGACGCAAUGAAUAACUACCAACACACACUUAGUCUAUUUCAAAAGACAAGUGACGUGAGUGGUCAAGCUAAUGCAUACCAUGGUAUGGGUAAUGUGUACAAAGACCAGGGCAAGUACGAGGACGCAAUGAAUAACUACCAACCCGAACUUAGUCUAUUUCAAAAGACAUGUGACGUGAGUGGUCAAGCUAAUGCAUACCAUGGUAUGGGUAAUGUGUACAAAGACCAGGGCAAGUACGAGGACGCAAUGAAUAACUACCAGCACACACUUAGUCUAUUUCAAAAGACAAGUGACGAGAGUGGUCAAGCUAAUGCAUACUUUGGUAUGGGUAAUGUGUACAAAGACCAGGGCAAGUACGAGGACGCAAUGAAUAACUACAAACACGAACUUAGUCUAUUUCAAAAGACAGGUGACGAGAGUGGUCAAGCUAAAGCAUACCUCAGUAUGGCUAAUGUGCACAGGUCUCAGGGCAAGUACGAGGACGCAAAGAAUAACUACCAACAAGCACUUAGUCUAUUUCAAAAGACAAGUGACGAGAGUGGUCAAGCUAAAGCAUACCUUGGUAUGGGUAAUGUGUACAAAGACCAGGGCAAGUACGAGGACGCAAUGAAUAACUACCAGCACACACUUAGUCUAUUUCAAAAGACAAGUGACGAGAGUGGUCAAGCUAAUGCAUACUUUGGUAUGGGUUAUGUUUACAAAGACCAGGGCAAGUACGAGGACGCAAUGAAUAACUACCAACCCGAACUUAGUCUAUUUCAAAAGACAGGUGACGUGAGUGGUCAAGCUAAUGCAUACCAUGGUAUGGGUUAUGUGUACAAAGACCAGGGCAAGUACGAGGACGCAAUGAAUAACUACCAACACGCACUUAGUCUAUUUUAAAAGACAUGUGACGUGAGUGGUCAAGCUAAUGCAUACCUUGGUAUGGGUAAUGUGUACAAAGACCAGGGCAAGUACGAGGACGCAAUGAAUAACUACCAACACACACUUAGUCUAUUUCAAAAGACAAGUGACGAGAGUGGUCAAGCUAAUGCAUACCUUGGUAUGGGUAAUGUGUACAAAGACCAGGGCAAGUACGAGGACG